GCGGCGGGUGACGACGUGUCGCGCGCGCGCGCGAGGGGGGAGCCGGAAGCGGCGCGGCCGCGUCAGGGCGCGCGCGGGGGGCGAGAGACGGAGCCGCGACCCCGCUGCCGCCCAGCGACCCCGGCCCCGCCGGCCCCUGCCCCGUGGUCCCACGGCCGGACAUGGCUCUGCGGCGGCUUCUCCUCAUCGCUGCCGCGCUGGCGGCGGCCACCGCGCCCGCCGCCGCCUUCUACCUGCCGGGCCUGGCGCCCGUCAACUUCUGCGAGGCCGGCAAGGAGAAGCCCGAGUGCAAGUCUGGAAUUGAGCUGUUUGUGAACAGGCUUGACUCAGUAGAGUCUGUCCUCCCCUACGAAUACACUGCGUUUGAUUUUUGUCAAGCAGAAGGAAAGAAGCGUCCAUCUGAAAACCUUGGCCAAGUCUUGUUUGGGGAGAGGAUAGAACCGUCUCCUUACAGGUUCACAUUCAACAAGAAGGAGACAUGUAAAUCUGUUUGUACAAAAACAUAUGAUACCACAAAGCCAGAAGACAAACAGAAAUUAGACUUUUUGAAAAAAAGUAUGCUACUGAAUUAUCAACAUCACUGGAUUGUGGACAACAUGCCUGUGACAUGGUGUUACGAUGUGGAAGAUGGCCAGAGGUUCUGUAAUCCUGGUUUUCCUAUUGGCUGUUACAUUACAGAAGAUGGCCGUCCAAAAGAUGCCUGUGUUAUUAAUUCAGAAUUUCAUGAAAAGGAUACCUUUUAUAUUUUCAACCAUGUUGACAUAAAAAUUUAUUACCAUGUUGUGGAGAAUGAAGCUCUGGGAGCAAGACUAGUUGCUGCUAAACUUGAACCAAAAAGUUACAAGCAUACUCAUCCAGACAACCCUGACUGCUCAGGAGUGCCCAUGGAUAUAAGUAAUAAGGCCAGUGGAGAAGUCAAAAUUGCUUACACAUACUCAGUUACUUUUCAUGAAGAAAAAAAUAUCAGGUGGGCAUCAAGAUGGGAUUAUAUUUUGGAAUCCAUGCCUCACACUCACAUCCAGUGGUUUAGUAUUAUGAAUUCCCUGGUGAUUGUCCUCUUUCUGUCUGGAAUGGUAGCUAUGAUUAUGUUGAGGACACUCCAUAAAGAUAUUGCAAGAUACAAUCAAAUGGAUUCCACUGAAGAUGCUCAAGAAGAAUUUGGCUGGAAACUGGUUCAUGGUGAUAUUUUCAGGCCCCCAAGAAAAGGAAUGCUGUUGUCAGUUUUUCUAGGCUCUGGCACACAAAUCUUAAUAAUGACUUUUGUUACCCUGUUUUUUGCUUGCCUGGGAUUUUUGUCACCUGCUAACAGGGGAGCUCUAAUGACCUGUGCUGUAGUUUUGUGGGUGCUGCUUGGAACUCCAGCUGGUUAUGUUGCUGCCAGAUUCUACAAAUCAUUUGGAGGUGAGAAAUGGAAAACAAAUGUCCUGCUGACAUCAUUCCUUUGUCCUGGAAUUGUAUUUGCAGAUUUUUUUAUCAUGAACCUUAUUCUCUGGGGAGAAGGCUCUUCAGCAGCUAUUCCGUUUGGUACCUUGGUUGCUAUUUUGGCACUCUGGUUUUGCAUAUCUGUACCACUGACAUUUAUUGGUGCCUAUUUUGGGUUUAAGAAAAACGCUAUUGAACACCCUGUUCGCACAAAUCAAAUUCCACGUCAGAUUCCUGAGCAAUCGUUCUAUACAAAGCCAUUACCUGGUAUUAUCAUGGGAGGGAUUCUUCCUUUUGGAUGUAUCUUUAUACAGUUGUUCUUCAUCCUCAAUAGUAUUUGGUCCCACCAGAUGUAUUACAUGUUUGGCUUCCUGUUUCUGGUAUUCAUUAUUUUGGUUAUUACAUGUUCUGAGGCUACAAUAUUGCUCUGCUACUUCCAUCUAUGUGCAGAGGACUAUCACUGGCAGUGGCGUUCAUUUCUCACUAGUGGCUUCACUGCAGUUUAUUUCCUAAUAUAUGCAAUACAUUAUUUCUUUUCUAAACUGCAAAUCACAGGAACAGCUAGCACCAUUUUAUACUUCGGUUAUACCAUGAUUAUGGUUUUGAUCUUCUUCCUUUUCACAGGGACAAUUGGAUUCUUUGCAUGCUUUUGGUUUGUAACCAAAAUAUACAGUGUAGUGAAAGUCGACUGAAGAAAACGAUGUAAAGAGUUAACAGAGAAGAGGUUUAAUCUUCAUUAACCUAACUUAAAAACCUGGUCUUGUUGAUGAACUUGAGCUUUAUCAGAAGUAUUGGCUUCCUGUUCUUUGAGAAUGAUACUGAAAUGCACCUACUUUUCCACUAACACGUUUGUAUUGUGACUUAACAACCUGUUUUCAUUCAAACCUUAAUGAAGAUCAGAAUUACAAUAUUUAUGCAUUUGUAAAUACAACUAUACUUUGAAAGAAAUGUUAAAUUCUAAUGGCAGAAUAGAAGUGGCUGUAUUACACAACUUAAUGAUACUUCUGAUCAAAGUACAACUGUAAAUAGGUUUUUCUAGCUUGGUAGGUGGGAUGAUUUAUUUUUCUUUGAGGGAAAUGAGAACUUUUUAUUAUGCUAACUUUGAAGGAUGACUCUUUAAGAGGUGUUGCUUUUAGUCUGGAUGUGAUUUUUAUUUUUUACUGGUGUUACGUCCAUAAAUAUUCUGAUUUCUGUGACUUAAUUAGUUUUGGUGUUCUUGGCCUUUUAAACUAUGUGCCUCUGAGUCCUUGAAUUUAUAAAUUCAUAAUCCAAUAAACGUUGUAAAAAUGUC